AUAUUGGGAAUACUUAUUAUUGGAAAAUGUACACAAUAUGAUGAUGUGCGUUACUUAUGACUGUAAUUAUCAAUUUACGACAACUAGAGGAUACUUGACCUCUAAAGGUCGUGACGCUAAAGAACGUAUAGUUUUUAAAUUCCACAAUAUAUUCUGCGCAAUUAUAAGUUUACAACUGUUGUGCUUUAACAUUACCGUAACAUCUAUCUACCUCACUAUAAAGUUUACAAAAUAGGCACCUUCAGAAAUCUUCAAGAAAAUAUUUUCUCAGAAUCUGACAAAGGCAGUAGUGUAUGCAUCACCUUUAAUUAAAUAAUGGGUCAUUCGGGUGAUGCUUCGCUAAAUUUACCUAACGUGUACAAUAAAUUCAAAGCAUGCGCAAACGGUGAUAACGUUCUGCUCCCUGAGUAUUGUGAAGCAUAUACGGAGGUUUCUAAACUUCUCGUAUACUUUGGAAAUCUUUUUUAUUUCGUGACCAGUGAUGUCAAUCACAAAAUUUCGGAACUCCGCGACCUGUAUGCGGCAGAUAAAAUUAAUUAUAAAUCUGUCGAGCAGAUGGCUGUUUAUGAGGAAAAGCAGAAUGAACACCUUCCAGUUAAAAAGCGGAAAUGCGUCGGUUCCCGGACACUUCUCCGACUCCACCGGGCUCUUCUCUUUGUGAUCGAUUUAAUGCAAGAAGUUUGCAGAGCGCCACCGGAUGAACAAUUGAAGGUUAUUGCUCGGUCAGUGUACGACAAAACCCUCUCUCAAUAUCAUCCAUGGCCUAUUAGGAAAGCUGUUGGAGUUGCUGUUUAUGCUCUUCCUACGCGAGAACAUUUGGUUCAUCAUAUCGUCCAAUCUCAACCCCCUGGGAGCGGUUUGCUUACAAAUGAACAAUGUGCAGAGUUUCUCACUUCACAUGCUUUACCUGUAAUGCGCAAGGUAUAUGACUGUAUUCAAGCUAUUUUCGAGAAACACGAUAUGCUAAAUUUACCAUAGUUAUCUUGAUAUAUACUAUUUCAGAACUUAAUAUUGUUGUACUUCAAAAACAAUACUCAAAAAGAUAAGUCUUAAAGAAAUGAAAAUUAUUUUCGUAUGUAGAAGUUAUUUUGCUUUCGUUUUAUGUUUUAUUUCUAUAUUCUUAAUUUACGAUACUAUGUGGUUUCCAAUGAUAGCAUAUUAGUUUUUAUAAAUUGGUUAAUUAUAACACUUCCUCACACAUUUAGAAAUCUCUAUCAUUUCUGAGAUUUUUAAACAUUGAUUCAUAUACCUUGCUUACAUUUUCAGUAGAUUCUGGUUUGUUUUGUACUCAGUUCUCUUCAAAACAUCUAAAAAUACUUAGAAACAAAUGAUGUUUUUCACUUAACUGUAUUUAUUGUAUCAUAAGUACAACUGUAGCAAAGCAGACAAAUGUGUUUGUUGUAUUUUUUAUUAUAAUUAGAAUGGGG